UUUCUCAUCCUCUCUCGAAACUGAGGCAGUACAGCUUUAAAGAAACAUCUGGCAACUGCAGGCUGCCCCACAUCUGGGCAGCAUUAGCUGAGUCUGGGACCUGUGUAAGAACAAGUGACUGGUUUUUAGAAAGUUAAAGAGAAGGUCUCCUGUAUGGGGGAUUAAGAGAAAGAGGAACGACCACCACACAGAUCUACAGGCAAACAGCUGGAAUUCUCGGCCACACCGUGCAGCUGGAAUCUCCCUUUCCAUGCAAAGAUGCAUCAAGAAGCAUCCUUCCUCCUCCUGCUUCUCUGGGCCGAAGUGGUGUCCUCCACAUGGUACGAAGGAUCCGGCUACUCAGCUGCAGAAACGCAAACCAAUGAAGUAUACGCUGAGGAAACCUCCCACGUUCUUGCUCCAGAAUAUCGAGUUCCCCAGUGGUGUCAUCUCUUAAACAUUUACCAUGGGGAGGCUACCUGCUAUUCUCCCCGUGGGGGUAAUUAUUACAGCAGCCUGGGGGCACGCUGUGAGCUCUCCUGUGACCGUGGAUACCGCUUGAUUGGCCAGAGAUCCGUGCAGUGCUUGCUAAACCGCCGCUGGUCAGGGGCUGCCUACUGCAGACAGAUUCGGUGCCACACAUUGCCAGCAAUUCACCAUGGAUCAUACCAAUGUUCAGAUGGCGUCAAGGUCGACUCUCACUGUGACUACACCUGCCAGUCUGGGUACCAUCGAGAGGGUGAUCGCAGUCGCAUGUGCAUGGAAGACGGACGCUGGAGUGGUAGCGAGCCAAUUUGUGUAGCAGACAUAGAGCCUCCCAAAAUACGAUGUCCUGAGUCUCGAGAGCGAAUAGCAGAGCCUGGCAAGCUGACGGCCACUGUGUACUGGGAUCCACCCCGGGCAAAAGAUUCCGCGGAUGGCAUCAUCAAACAAAUGAUACUCCGGGGCCCAGAACCAGGAUCCAGGUUUUCUGAAGGAGAACAUAUUAUUCGCUACACCGUCUAUGACCAGGCAUACAACCGAGCCAGCUGUAAGUUUUUUGUGAGGAUCCAAGUGAGCCGCUGUCCUGUUCUAAAGCCGCCAGAGCAUGGUUACCUCAGCUGUACCUCAGAAGACAACAACUAUGGAACCACCUGCGAAUACCACUGCGAUGGAGGCUACGAGCGGCAGGGUACCCCCUUGCGAGUCUGUCAGUCCAGCCAUCAGUGGUCGGGCUCUCAGCCCACGUGCAUGCCUAUGCAGAUCAAUGUGGAUGUGAACUCCGCUGCCAGCCUUCUGGACCAGUUCUAUGGAAAACGUCGGCUGCUCAUAACCUCUGCUCCAGAUCCCUCUGAUCGCUACUACAAGAUGCAAAAUGCCAUGCUGCAGCAAGCCACUUGUGGUCUGGACCUGCGUCACAUCACCAUCAUUGAGCUGGUGGGGCUACCACCCCGUGAAGUGGGGCGGAUCCGUGAGCACCGGCUCUCAGAAAACAUCAUAGAGGGCCUCAGGCAGUCCCUGCACAUCACCCGCUCCCGCUUCAACACAGUGUUGGUCGACAAAGAAGGCGUGGACCGCGAGCGCUACAUCCAGCCUUUGUCACCCGACGAGCUCUUUUCCUUCGUCGAUACCUACCUACUGAGCAGAGAGGAAGAGCUGCAGAGGGAACAGAACAGGGACACGUGUGAAUGAUAGUAGGCUGCUCCAUCCACAGGAGUCACAGGGGACUUUUGACCUCUAAAAUGUCCUGCGUACUAAGGGAGAGGGAGAGCCAGGUCUUCCAUUUCAGCACUGUACUUUGCUAGAGGUGACACAGAAGUUAAAAUUGCUGAAGUUGAACCUGCAGGUACAGCAGAGGCCACCACCCCAGACCUCUGGGCCCCUAAAAGAAAGAUCUGUGCAGUCACGGCUGCAUCCAUGUUUUGUUGUUGUUAUGUGCCUUCAAGUCGACUACGACUAAUGGCAACCCAAUGAAUCAGCGACCUCCAACAGCAUCUGUCGUGAACCGCCCUGUUCAGAUCUUGUAAGUUCAGGUCUGUGGCUUCCUUUGUGGAAUCAAUCCACCUCUUGUUUGGCCUUCCUCUUUUUCUACUCCCUGCUGUUCUUUCCAGCAUUGUCUUUUCUAGUGAAUCCUAUCUUCUCAUUAUGUAUCCGAAGUAUGAUAACAUCUGUUUCAUCAUUUUAGCUUCUAGUGACAGUUCUGGUUUAAUUUGUUCUAACACCCAAUUAUUUGUCUUUUUUCGCAGUCCAUGGUAUGCGCAAAGCUCUCCUCCAACACCACAUUUCAAAUGAGUUGAUUUUUCUCUUAUCUGCUUUUUUCCACUGU